GUUGCACUGACGGAGGAACAGAAACAACAGAUGCUGCUCUCGGAGGGUUUCAAGUCCUUCUUCGAUCGCAGCGCGCGCAUAAUAGAGAGGGCUCUGUGCGAGUCUGAGGACGUCUUUCUCGAUUACUCCGGCGAGGAGAAGAAGGCGCAAACGUGA